CACGCAGGAAAAACCCACAAAAACUGCGUAAUAAAUGUAAGAGCGCCCUGGAUGUUUAGAUACAAAUAUGGCUGGAACAACUCUUAGCUCAAGGGGUUUGUGAACGUUCGAGUUGUUGAUAGGAGAAGUUCCAAGAUGCUGAUCGCUUGUGGUUGAUCGAUAGAUAAAUAAUCUUUGUGUAUCAUUCGCGGAAUUUUGACAAGAAAAAAAGCGAUCUCGAUAAGAGAGGACUUAGGACGACUUGCAAAGGUCACGCGCAAUUUGUAGAGUAAUUUGAGCGAAGACAGGAUUUGGCACGUUUUGAAGCACAAGGGAGCAACAAGCACAAACAUUUCAUCUCAGCAAAGCUUGCAAAGUGACAUCCAUUGCAAGAAUUAUCAUUAUCUGAAGGUCGGUACAAAGAUCAGCGCUGAGGGGAUUACUAAGGCACGAAUCGUUGCGCUUAUUAUUAUCAAGUGAGAAGAACUACUGUUUUAGAGGUGGGAGACUUCCACUAAUUCGUCAGUCCUCUAUUUAUCAACUUGGAUUAUCAAGCUAGUGUACAGUUAAUCUGGUGAUAGUUGCGUUGCUGACAACACGGUACGGAAAAAGUGGAGUCUAGCAUUUGAGGGAGUUAAUAUACUUGGAUUUGUGAAUUAAGGGUAUUAGCAACAGGGCAAGAAACAUUUGAACGGUUAAAAAUGACGUCGAAUAUACAAAUGGGGAGUGGGCUUCCGCCAGUGGACUUCAAAAUGGCAAUCCUCGGAGGAUCUGCAGUCGGAAAAACCUCCUUAAUGCGGGCAUUGUUUAAGAAGCCCUUUACAAAUGAACACAUUCCUACGAUAGACGACUACAUUAUACACGCCUUAAACCAAGACGGGGUGCAUUACAACGUUUGCCUAGUCGAUACAGGAGGUAGCUUCUGCUUUCCGGUCAUGCGGAAGUUUGCUAUAUCGUACUGCGAGGGAUUUGUUGUAAUGUAUGCAAUGAAUGACGCGAGGUCUUUUCAGACCGCCCUGGACACUCUUGAUGAAAUUCUCGAGACUAAAUGUGGUCUAGGGCCGCAUAAAAGACGAAUUCCAGUGAUUAUGGUAGCAAAUAAAUCAGACUGUGCAGACCGGGAAAUCACCGCCGCCCAGGCACAACGUGAGCUGGAUGACAGGCCGCGGAUAGUGGGAAUGUACGCUGAGGUCUCCGCCAAGGUUAACGCAGGAGUAGACGGGAUUUUUUAUAGCCUAAUUAGCCUUGUGCAGGCUAUGACGGACGAGGAAAGAAAUAGGAUGAAGGCAUCCUCGGUGCGCAGGAGCAGAAAGAGUUGGCGAAAGCGAUGAUUAAGAGGAGAUCGCCCGUAGCUUUAAAGGGCGGGUGUGACAUACGAUAUACAAUAUUUUUGUCUUGUGAAAAGCUAAGGAAUUGUUUAUUUCAACGCAAUAAUUCUUUUCAUGUCCAACGAAUUUUUGCUGGCUAUAAUAGGCUUUAUUCAAUUCGUCUUAUAGUUUAAUGGGUUAUUGUGUCACGAGUAUUUGACAUGGCCGACGGUUUGUUCAAUAUUCUACUAUAAGAGGACGGAAUCUAGUCUGAAUACAACAUAAGCGUUAUGGUCCUCUCGGUUACCUAUAAUAAAAUGAAUAACAAUAAUUCGCACUCUAAGCAGCGUAGCUCCCGUAAGCCCCAUACGCAAACUCCCACGCGCAACUGAGGACGUAUCCUCUUAAAAGAUGUGGAUCUUGAGGUGCGUUGAUAAAAUCAUUACAACUUCUUAUCUUUAGACUCAAAUUUUUUAAAUUAAAAACAUAAGGAUAUAAAAAAUUAAUGGUAUAAUUUUUUAUAAGUGAUAGAUAAAUACCCAAAAAAGUAUGUAAAAAUAUUUUCUUUGUAAAUAUGAACAAAUGAGCUAUAAAUGAAUUCAAAAAAUCAUG